AUGAAAGAAGUGAAAGUGAAAGUUGCUCAGUGUGUCCGACUCUCUGCGACCCCAUGGACUACACAGUGCAUGGAAUUCUCCAGGCCAGAAUACUGGAGUGAGAGGAAAAAAAAAAAAAAAAAGAAUACUGGAGUGGGAAACCUGUUCCCUUCUCCAGGGGAUCUUCCCAACCCAGGAAUCAAACCCAGGUCUCCUGCAUUGCAGGUGGAUUCUUUACCAGCUGAACUAUCAGGGAAGCCCACACUGUGUAUAACAUUUCUAAAAGGAAUUAAGAGGGACUUCCCUGGUGGUCCACUGCUUAAGACUCUGUGCUCCCAAUACAGAGGACCCGGGUUCAAACCCUGA